AUUUCCGGCAGGAGAGAAGGAGGCAACGCUGCAGGAUUUUUCAACAGUGAUCCGGGACUGCUACCUGCGUAAAGAAAAUCGUUCGUGAUAAUGUCCUCAGAAGACCUUUCUGCACCAGGCCCAUCAGCUCCAGAUAGCUCUUGGUCUUCCACAGGCCCAUCUACAAAAUUUGAGUUGGAACGUGAAACGGAACUGAGGCUUGAGGUGGAGGGUACAGAUCCUGUGCGAGUGGAGCUGGUUUCAGGGUUGGCUGAAGUAUUUGGAACAGAGCUGACUCGAAAUAAGAAGUAUACUUUCCCCCCUGGAAGCCGGGCAGCUAUAUUUACCUGGCAUGGAUGCACUGUGCAGCUUUGGGGAAGUCCAGACAUGGCCUACGUGUCUCGGGACACACCUAUGCUUCUGUACCUGAACACUCAAGUUGGUUUGGAACAAAUGCGAGUGCAAGCAGAGCGUGAAGGAGAGCGUGGUCCCAGAGUGCUUGUUGCAGGGCCCUCUGAUGUGGGCAAAUCUACCUUGUGUCGACUGUUAUUAAAUUAUGCAGUGCGAAGAGGCCGCAGGCCCACACUUGUGGAGCUAGAUGUGGGACAAGGUUCUGUUUCUGUGCCGGGAACAAUGGGCGCAUUAUGUGUGGAGAGGCCAGCCGAUGUGGAAGAAGGAUUCUCUGCUCAGGCUCCUCUAGUCUACCACUUUGGAUCCACUACUCCUGGGACAAACAUCAAGUUAUACAACAAGCUUACCUCUCGUCUGGCACACGUUUUCAACCUGCGCUGUGAUUCUAAUCGCCGUGCAUCAGUCAGUGGGUGCCUCAUAAACACUUGUGGCUGGGUAAAAGGUUCUGGAUAUCAAGCUUUGAUUCAUGCUGCAUCUGCUUUUGAAGUAGAUGUGGUGCUGGUGCUAGAUCAAGAGCGUCUCUAUAAUGACCUACUGAGAGAUCUGCCACACUUUGUUCGCACUUUACUUCUUCCUAAAUCUGGAGGUGCUUCUGAGAGAUCUAAAGAGUGUAGAAGAGAAUCUCGAGAUCAGCGUGUACGGGAGUACUUCUAUGGUCCACGUGGUUCACUGUACCCUCAUGCUUUUGAGAUUAAAUUCUCAGAGGUCAGAGUUUACAAAGUGGGAGCACCAACAAUCCCAGACUCUUGUCUCCCUCUUGGUAUGUCACAAGAAGACAAUCAAUUGAAACUGGUUCCAGUGACCCCUGGCAGGGACAUGGCACAUCAUUUAUUAAGUGUGGUUCCUCUAGAUGGAGGAAGUGCAGAGGAGGGGAUUGAGGAAAGAAGUGUGGCUGGGUUUAUAGUGAUCACAGGUGUAGAUACUGAAAGACAGACUCUCACUUUGCUCUCUCCUGCUCCUAGACCACUUCCGAAGUGUGUGUUACUAAUUAUGGAUAUACGAUUUAUGGACUUAAAAUGACAUUUAUGUCCAUGUUGUAUUAGAAGUAAAAAAAACAACUUUUUCAAACGUUAUUUUCAACAUUGUUUUAUUGUGUGAUUCCUGUUGGCCCAUAGGUAGAUAGCUAAUUGACCAUUUUGGUCUUGUUUUGUAUUACUGAAUGUGGAAAAAAAAUGAAAAUCUGGUUUGUUCUUUCCCUGGGCCACUGUAAUCUUAUGCUGUUAUGUUUUUUAUAUGCAAAACAUAGCAGCAGAAUCUUUGUAAAUAUUAAAGGGAUACUGUCAUGGGAAAAAAAAUUUUUCAAAAUGAAUCAGUUAAUAGUGCUGCUCCAGCAGAAUUCUGCAAUGAAUCCAUUUCUCAAACAGAUUUUUUUUAUAUUCAAUUUUGAAAUCUGACAUGGGGCUAGACAUAUUGUCAAUUUCCCAGCUGCCCCAAGUCAUUUGACUUGUGCUCUGAUAAACUUCAAUCACUCUUUACUGCUGUACUGCAAGUUGGAGUGAUAUCACCCCCUCCCUUCCCCCCCCCCAGCAGCCAAACAAAAGAACAAUGGGAAGGUAACCAGAUAACAGCUCCCUACCACAAGAUAACAACUGCCUGGUAGAUCUAAGAACACCACCACAGUAGUAAAAACCAAUGUCUCACUGAGACACAUUCAGUUACAUUGAGAAGGAAAAACAGCAGCCUGCCAGAAAGCAUUUCUCUCCUAAAGUGCUGGCACAAGUCACAUGACCAGGGGCAGCUGGGAAAUUGACAAAAUGUCUAGCCCCAUGUCAGAUUUCAAAAUUGAAUAUAAAAAAAUCUGUUUGCUCUUUUGAGAAAUGGAUUUCAGUGCAGAAUUCUGCUGGAGUAGCACUAUUAAAUGAUGUGUUUUGAAAUAUAACAUGUUUUUCGAUGACAGGAUCCCUUUAAGGUGUCGCUAAAGCCAUUUUACCUAUGUUUUUCAGAAGUCCAAUAAUAAUAAUAAAAAGGGCUUAUAUUGAACCAUGUUUUGUUAAUUCAUUUAGCAAAACCUUUGGGAAUUUUACGUUUUGGUUAAAGAUCUUGGGAUCGGCAGGCCUGGCCUGGCAUGUAUAAUGCUAGCUGACUCGGAGCACCUUGGGGUAGCUUCUCUAGUACAGGUGAGGGAGAAAUGCUAGGAAGAUAAGGUAGGUAUGGAAUCCAUUAUCCAAAAUCUUUUGGACCAGAUAAGGUAUACAACAAAAGUGCUGUGAUUGGCCAUUUGGUAGUCCAUAUGUGGAAUAGCAAACUACAGAAGGUUUUGUUUUGCAGUACAGCUAUUAUUUAUGCAACCAAAACUUGCCUCCAAGCCAGGAAUUAAAAAAUCAGCAUCUGUUAAGAGGCUGGUGAGCAACAUGUUGCUAAGGGGCCACUGGUUGGGGAUCACUGCUCCAGAAAGACCCUACUCUGAGUAAAACUUUAUAAAGUAUAAAGUUGCCUAGAAACCUAGAUCUAGCAUAUGUUAUAUCAUACAUUUUAAUAAAAUAAAUAGUGAUGUGAUAUAGAACAUGUUGAGCCACAACAGUAUAGAAAUUAAAUGUUUGAAUAUUGGAAUGGAAAAACUUUUCCUGGAGUCCAUAAACUACCCCUAAGCCCCAGUACAGAUGUCCAUUCAUUACUAAAUCCCAUCUGAGAGGGGGUUCUUUCAAUUUUUAUAGUCCCCUACUUAAGAUUGCUUGAGGUACCUACUCACACUUGUAAUAUUGGAUGACACAACAGAUAUUCCUAAGGAGCCCCUUUAAGCAACACUUAAAAUGUUUAACCAAAGAGCUAGAACAUCUAUUUCCAGGGUAUACUAUUUGGAGGUAGUAAAUAAAGAUAGGGAAAACUUGGGUUGUUCACUUCCAUUACAGUUGUUCUUAAUCCUUACACAUGCUCAGUGUACCAGAAAAAAAAAUCACAAUCCUUGUUCGUGGGAAGAAAAGUCACAUGAUUUUUAAGAAUCUUUUUUUCCCCUACCCUGCUCUGCCUGUGCCUGGUCUACCCUAUCUGUGUAUACCAUAGUCUGCAUGACCAUCUCCGCCUGUGUAUGCCCUACUCUGCCUGUGUACCAUGAUUUGCCUGACCUACUCUGUCUGUGUGUGCCAUACUCUGCCUGUCCCAUGCUGCUUGUGUGUGCACCAUACUGUACUUUGCUUGCCCUACUAUGCCUGUGUCCCAUAUUCUGUACCAUAUGAACCUGGUGGUUGUUUAGCAUUUGGAAAUACUUGUUAAGGUGUUUAAUCAUGUGCUUAGGGCUGUUGUGCUAUUAACAGUGAUGGAGGAGGCAUAUGGUAAUAAUAUAAUAGUAGGAGCAAUAACCCAUAGCAACCAACCUGCAGAAAGCAUUAACUAGCCAACUGUUUAAAAGCAAACAUCUUAUUACUUGCUAUAGGAUACUGCUCAUGGGAAAACUUGGAGCCUUUCAUUACAUAUGAUGGUACUAUUUUGUAAUGGUUAUUUUGAUAAAAGACAAAGUGUUUCAGGAGAUGUAACUCAUAGCAACAGUAGAAAGAAUUUACUUAAUGCUGUAUAAAACAUCACUGAUGAUAUCUCCCCUAGCAACCAAUCAGCAAUUAGAUUUCAACAGUCAACUACACGUUAGAAAACAAAAGCAAACAUCUGAUAGGUUGUUAUCGGCAACAUCGCAGGUGAUUGUUUUUCUCCUCCCAUCCUAUAUGUACUACUCAUGGGCAAACUUUGUGCCAUUUAUUAAAUAUGAGGGUAAGAUUUUAUAAUAGUUAUUUAUGCCUCAUGUGGUUAGCUUCAGCUCCCAGUCUUCGCAAACGUCCAGUAUGCUCUAGACUCUUAACAACAGGCUGUGAUUAUGGCAAGUUACUGGAACACCAGGCUCUCCCAAGGAGACACACAGUACAGGAAACAAUGCUAGCUGACACUCUGAAAUAAAACGGCAGACUAAGGGGCACUGAAUAUGCUUUUUCAAAUGCCACAAUUGUGAAUGUAAUUUUAAAUAAAGUUUUGUUUGUAUUAAA